AUGGGCGAACACACCGAUGUGUCACUUGGAGUUUCCCCGGCUGCAAGCCUCACCAUUGGAGAUGUCGAAAAGAUCACUAGCCCCCCUACGCAAGACCUCGUUUACGACAAUGUCGAUGAGGAACCUGUCAUCCAUCUACGAACAUGGAUCGCACUGGCCUCCAUGUUCCUGAUGAACUUCGUUCAGACGUUUGCACUUCAAGGCCCUCCGUCCGUCCUGUCGUACAUUGGCGUUUCCUUGAACAACGUUCAAGCCGAGACCUGGGUCUCUGCUUCCCUUACACUUAUGCAAGCCGUCGUCUCCCCCCUCGUUUCCUCCGCAUCCGAUAUGUUCCAGGCGCGGAAGUUGCUUCUUGUGGGCACUUCGGCCAUGUCGUUCAUUGGCGCGGCCAUUGCACCCGGUUCGACGGACAUCUACCGGUUGAUCGGGGCUACGAUACUCAUUGGCAUUGGCUUUUCGUCUGUGGGGUUGGCUUUUGCCGUACCGAGUGAGAUCUUACCGCGACAAUGGAGGCCGAUGUCUCAGGCGGUAAUGAAUAUCGCUGCAUGUCUCGGUGCAGUGGCUGGCCCAUUAGCGAUCGGGGCAUUCACCGAGAUGGAUGAGGUGAAUGGCUGGAAGAAAUUCUAUUGGGUGCAAAUGGCCCUCUGGGGGGUGACAGCAAUCGGCAUCUUCUUUGGCUACCGACCCCCAAAGCGACAUACUCGGCUCGAUCACCUUUCCUUCUGGCAGAAACUGACACGCCUGGAUCUACCGGGAUUUUUUCUACUCGCAGCCGGUCUAUCCUUGUUCCUGGUCGCGCUCAACCUCGGAGGCGGGCUCUUCUCAUGGACCAACGCCCGUGUACUGUCAUUGCUGGUCAUUGGACUGGUAACCCUCAUCGGCUUUGGCGUCUAUGAGUGGAAAGGUACUACGACUGGAAUUCUGCAUCAUGGGCUCUUCCAAGGAAGCAAACCAGGUGGCCGCACGUUUUCCAUCUGUAUUUUCCUCAUGGUUAUCGAAGGAAUAUUACUGUUCUCAUAUGUCCUCUUUUAUCCUAUCAUGACAUCUGAGUUUUUUGAAAAGGAUCCCUUCCUCCUCACCGUUCGUGGAUUGCCUUUCUGGGUUGUCUCGGGCUUGUCCACCGCUGUCUGGGGCUACUGGAGCAUGCGGUUCCGAACCAUUCGCACGCCGCUUUUCGCUGGCUUCCUCAUCUACACCGGGGGGCUUGUCGGCCUCGCCACCAUCCAGCCUCGCGAUGAUUUGAGAUGCCUCAUAUUUGCUGGCCUCGCCGGUCUGGGCUUUGGCGCCCCGCUUGUCCUCAUCGUAGCGGGCGUCCAACUCUCGACACCGCAUCACCUCAUCGCUACUGCUACAGCUGUCACGACCUCUGCCCGCGCUGUUGGCGCAACGGUGUUCACGGCUAUCUUCAGCGCGGCAUACGCUUCCGGCCUCGAUGUCAAGCUGCCCACUGAGAUAGCAAGCGCCGUGACUAAAACGGGCCUGGCAGCCGACCAGGUGUCGGCGUUUAUAAGCGCUCUGACGGCGCAGGACACCGCAGCCCUGGCCGCUAUUCCGGGAGUCAACUCUACCAUAGUCGACGCGGGGAUGGUGGCCAUGAAACAGGCGUACGCAGACGCACUGCACAUUGUCUACUACAUCGCGAUCCCUUUCGGUGCUGCGGCGUGUCUGGCAUGCUUCUUCCUGGAAGAUCUGCGCGCAGCCAUGAACUAUAGGGUCGAUGCACCCGUAGAAAACCUCACGGCUAAGAGGCAUACUGGUGAGAAGUAA